GCUCCACCGAGCAAGUUCCUCCUGGGACGGGAGCUUCCAGCGAACCAAAACAAAAGCAGCUCCGUCCCUGGCUUUCCCCCCGAUAAAUCCGCGUCCGCCGCCGCCUCAGCAUGCCGCUGAAGCCGUGGUGCGUCUACUGCGUCGGGGCGUCGUCUCUGCUCACGCUGAUCAUCGGCAUUUCUUUAGCUUUAUCCAACGUCUUUCCAGGUUUUCUACAGUCCAGGGUUAAAACGGAGGUUGUCCUGAAAAAUGGAACAGAGGCAUUUGAGGCUUGGGCGGAUCCUCCCGCUCCCAUCUACAUGCAGUUUUACUUCUUCAACCUGACUAACCCGGGGGAGGUGCUGGACGGGGAGAGGCCGGCGGUAGUGGAGUACGGGCCUUACACCUAUAGAGAAUACCGGCCCAUGGAGGAGGUGGUCUUCCAGGAGAACGGCACAAGAGUUUCAGCGGUCAAUCGUAAAACGUACAUUUUCCAGCGCGACAUGUCCCGAGGUCCUGAAAGUGACCUGAUCAGGACAAUCAACAUCCCUGCCAUGACUGUAAUGGAAAGAUUUAAGGAUAAUGCAGUUUUAGCCAAUUUGAUCUCUGCCUACAUGCGGUCGGCUGGCAUCGGCCUGUUCAGCACCCACACCGUGGGAGAGCUGCUGUGGGGAUAUGAGGACGGCCUGCUCAAGGCCCUCAAAGUCUUACAGCCUGAGCUGGACGACGUGUUUGGACUCUUCUAUAAAAGCAAUGCUUCGAACGACGGAGAAUAUAUGUUCUUCACUGGCCAGCAGAACUACAAGGACUUUGCUAGAGUGGACACGUGGAACGGGAAAAGCUCUUUGGACUGGUGGACGUCUGACGAGUGCAACAGCAUCAAUGGCACCAACGGAGCCUCUUUCCAUCCAGUCAUCAGCAAGAAUGAAGUGCUCUACAUGUUCUCCUCUGACCUGUGCAGGUCUUUGUAUGCAGUUUACACCGACGACGUGGCCGUGAAGGGGAUCCCCGGCUACCGCUUCUCUCCCCCCUUUGAGGUUUUCGCCAACCUGACCCUGAACCCGGCCAACGCAGGCUUCUGCGUGCCGGCCGGUAACUGCCUCGGCUCGGGCCUGCUCAAUGUCAGCGCCUGCAAACAAGGAGCUCCCAUCAUCAUGUCCUCGCCGCACUUCUACCAGGCUGAUGAAAAAUUUGUGCAGGACGUGUUUGGCAUGAGGCCCAAGAAGGACGAUCAUCAGACGGCCAUCGACAUCAAUCCGCUGACCGGCUUCAUCCUGCAAGCGGCCAAACGUCUCCAGAUCAACGUCUAUGUGAAGAAAGUUCCAGACUUCAGUGAAACAGGAAAUGUGCGGACCGUUGUGUUCCCUGUGGUGCAUCUCAAUGAGAGCGUUGUUAUUGACGAUGCGUCGGCCAAGAAGCUGCAGCUGAUCGUUGUUGAAAAGAAUGUCGUGGAGAACAUUCCUUUCAUGCUGAUCGGUGUCGGCAUCCUCCUGGGAGCAAUCUUUAUGUUCUUGAUGUGUCGACAGAACGUCCCAGAGAGCACUGUAGCAGAACGUCAGCCCCUGCUCUCAUCCUAACACUAAGCGGAGCAUGUGAGGAUAAAUGUGGCGUCAGCGGCAUAAUGUUAGGAUAAAAGACUCCAACAUUUCGACUCCUGAUAUCUAGGUAGCCACUCCUAGCCAGAAUCCCAUCUUUGUAAUAAUCUUAAUCGAAUGCUUUCAGGAAAAGUUGUGUGUUUGUAACAAGCACUUAAGUUGGUUGUCUUCAUGCUGUGAUGUUGCUGAAACUCUUAAUUUUGUUUUUUAUACCACUAAAUAAUGGUUUUAAAUGAAACCAUGCCGCAAUGAGCGGUGUUGAACCUCAUCGUAAUUCUUCAGUGCAAAUAAUUUAACUGACAUUGCCAUAUUUGUGUAUGAAAUAUGCGACAAAGUGUGCAUAAAAGUGUUAAAUUCACGAGUCCUCGAAUCAGCUGCCUCCGAUGAGAUGCCAUUUCAGGAAAAAGAAAAUCUGUUUUAAGGUUUUGUGUUAACUAAAAGGAUAUUCAACUACACUGACCACUGAGCUUUAAUGCGACAAGUAUGGUUUUUAUAGACUUAAAGACUUCAAAAGUCUCAAUGGAAGUUUGAUGGUUGAAUCUGGGAGUUUCCUGCAUUUUAGAGUUACUAUAAUGGGGAUUUAUUUGCUUAAAAACAAUGCAUCCUGUUGAAUCUGAUAAUGGAAAAGUUUGUGAAAUAAGACCUAAACAGUAUUACUUAAGGUUAAAGGGAUGGCGUUUUAUUUGUGAAUGUGUCGGUAGAAACAAAAACUGUUUCUUCCCAGCUCAGUUCGACCCUUUUUGUCUUGACGUUGUUUUUAUGACGCUCGGAGACAUUGAUGAAAGAAAGGUGCAAAGAGGUUUAUGAAAGUCUCAUAACUGUUUUAUUUUUAAGUUUGUUUUCUAUUGGAAAAUGUUAAGUUGCUUGAGUAUAUAACUGUUGUCCAGCUGGGCCGAGGCUUUUAAAGUUGCUUGUUUGUUAAGAAAAUUUGUCGAUUCUAUUCAACGCUACACAGAGUAAGAUAAUUGUGCAAUUUCUUACAUAUAAAUUUUAGCAUUCACCAUUUACUGACAGAUCCUGUUGAUGUUUUGUGCUGUGUUUGUAAAAGACUGUUUAUAUGUCUAAUAUCUGAUUAACUUCACAGAAAAGGUCAUAUAUAUGUGAUUUGCACUUUGUCUCAUCUGUCGUGACCAAUAAACUCUGUGUGAUUUAAA